AUGGAGACAAACUUUCAGCUGGCCUCCGUUCACGGCAUGCUAUACACAGGUGGCAACGUUGCUUUUUCCCCUGAUGGCCGCCAGUUGUACUCGCCGGUCAACAACUAUAUCUCCAGCAUCAAGCUGCAACAAGAGGGACAUCACUCACUUCCUUGCAGCAACAGCAACAUUCAAUGCUUUGACAUAUCGUCUGACGGUGAUCUUAUAGUGGCCAUAGGCCGACGUGGUGUUGGUUUUUUCUAUUCUUUAUCUGCGGCGGUUGUGUUGGAUACCAUUUCGUUUCCGCCGGAUUGUGAGGUUUCCUGUGUCAAGUUCAGCCCAUGCGGGAGAUAUGUAGCUCUUGCUCUUGACACCACCCUCCAGGUGUACACAGCCCCUGCUCAGCGCAUUGUUUCUUACCACGGCUGCCACCGUGUGGAGAACCUUCACAACGCGCUCACACUUCCGAUCAUGUGCAUUGAGUGGACUCCUGAUAGUGAGCAUAUCCUACUCAGCGGACAGGACGCACGAAUGAAAAUUUGUCCUCGACAGUGCCGCGUCCAACAAAAAGGAAUGGCUCUUCAACACAAUGCUUUGGUGGGUCAUCGUGCUGCAGUCUGUGGUGCAUGGUUUGUUGAUAGUGCCUGCAAUCGUGUAGUGAGUGUGUCGGUCGACAAUGUGGUCAUGACGUGGAAACAAACACGAACGACGAGGCAAGAAGUUAUGAGAGCUAUCGCCUCUGCAAAGCUAAACGCCCGCGUUGGAGCACAAAGUGAGGAAGAUGAAUAUACCCAUGCGGAAGAUGAUGAGGGUGCGGCCAUUCCGAAAUCCUUCCUUGAAAAGCAGCGGCUGGAGCAACUGAAGAUUGAGGGUGUGCGUGUCUCUGUCGCUGAUGAUACGUUUCUUCCAGAUAUUCUUCGAUACGCAUUCGAGGUAGACAAAAAACAUAUGCUGACGCACAAGGGGAAUGUAUCCGUCACCGCUUUCCACCGACCCCGUGGGCUUCUAGCCAUUGGAUACAAUUCUGGUAUCUUCGCCAUCCACUCCCUGGGGGGUAGCGGUGAAGCAGAGUUUCCCCUUGUUCAUUUACUGUCCAUAUCAGCGCAGUCUCUUACGGCUGCAGCAUUCAAUGCGAGUGGCGAUUUUAUCGCUUUUGGAAGUGCACACCUCAAACAAAUUCUCGUCUGGGAUUGGAAGUCUGAGGCAUAUGUCCUGAAGGAGCAGUCGCACUACUAUGAUAUUAACCGUACUGCAAUCACUGCUGACGCUAGCAGUAUAAUUUCGGGUGGUGACGAUGGAAAGGUAAAGGUUUGGAGAGCGUCCACGGGCCAGUGUUACGUGACCUUCACUGAGCACACGGCCCCUGUCACAGGUAUCGCGACAAGUGCUGCAACAAAUGCAUUCUUCACUUGUAGCCGAGAUGGCACGGCUAGAGGUUACGAUCUUGUACGGUAUCGCCACUUUCGUGUCUAUUCGGCACCUGAACAAGCGCAACUCUCCUGUGUUGCGGUUGAUCCGUCAGGAGAGGUGCUAGCUGUGGGGAGCGGACAGACAGAUCGCAUUUACCUAUUCGCUGUGCAAACGGGAAAACUCAUCGAUCAGCUUCAGGGACACGAGGCGCCCAUUGCCUGCGUUGCAUUCCACCCAUCCGGUACGGCCCUUGUCUCCGGCUCACUUGACCACAAUCUUGCUGUUUGGGACCUCUUCGCGCAUGGGGACGGAGGGGACAGGUUGAAGGGCACUGUGGAGGUGACCAACGUUGGCUCUGAGGUCCUCAGCUUAUCGUUCAGCAACAGUGGCCGUUAUCUAGCGGUGCUGACAAUGAAGCAGGAAGUUACUGUCUACGAGACAUUGGUGCCCACGGAGCCAAUAGUGAUUAAAACGUUUCAAACUAGUUUUGACGCAGCUGGGGGAUGGUGUAAGUCAGUUGGGCCGCGCAGUGCCAAUUAUAACGCACGGUUUACGACUAUCGCCUUUUCGCCGGAGGGUGAAAAAAUUGUUGCCGGUGGAGACUCUAAGUGGAUCGUUCUAUACCACGCGAAGCAGGGUUAUAUGCUGAAGAAGUGGCCGAUUACGACUAACCUCGACGUGCAAGGAGCGGAGGAACAAUAUCAGUGGCGUCAAAUGACGGAAGCGGGACACAUCGACGAUAUUGAUGUGGAUGACACCGACAUUCACCUCCGACGUGGCAAACUAUUGGAGAUGCCGGGGAGCAAGCAUCGGCACUUCGCUACAGGCAAGCGUCAAACAGCUCUAUCGGCCCGUACGAUGUCCGUCGCUUUCGCUUCAACUGGUACGGAAUUUGUGGCAGCAACAAGUGUUGGGUUGUUGGUGUUUUCUACCCACGUUGCGAGACCGAGGUUUCAGCCCCUUCAGUUGACUGCAAACAUUACAACGCAGCAGGUGCGCGAUCAGUUGGCUCGCGGUGAGUCUGUGAUGGCGCUCAUAGGCGCGCUGAAUCUUGGAGAUAGAAUGCUUGGAAUCGAGUGCAUGCGAAGGAUGCCACAAAGUGCUAUCCCUGUGGCCGUUUCUUCUGUUCCCUCUGUUUUAUUUUCGUUGUUACUGAAGUGGGUGAGCAGUGAGGUGGAGGAAAGUCGUGGACUUGAACGCGCUCUGUUGUGGGCACAGUCCAUCCUGCUGCAUUCAAGCGAGUGUGCGGGAAGCUUUUCUUGCGACCGUAGUCUAAUCAUACCUCCACUAAAGGUGCUUCAGCGCAGCCUGCAGAGGCAUAGAGCACUGGGAGAUUUAGCGAGGGAAAACUACUUUUCACUACAGUACAUUAUUGACAUGACAAAGAUGCAAAGAGACGUUCUUAAACCUGCCGCGGAAGUUACUGAAUGA